CUUUAGCCGCGUUUUAGCACUCUGAUUGGUGAAAUUUCUAAUUGGCCACCAACAGCGCGUUCUCCCCAUCGCGAUGGCAUUUUCGAAUCGCUCGGAUUCAGGUUACCGCCGCAUCUCCGCCACCUCGAUCCCCGAACCAUGUCUGUGCAAAAGCCCACCAAGCCCACCGGUUUUGAAGGCGAGGAAUCUCGCAUUCACCGCAUCCGCAUCACCUUGACGUCGCGCAACGUGAAGAACUUGGAAAAGGUCUGCGCGGACUUGAAGAAGGGUGCUGUCGACAAGAACCUCAAGGUUGCCGGCCCGGUCCGCCUCCCCACCAAGAUCUUGCGCUUGACCACGCGCAAGUCUCCUUGCGGUGAAGGUACCAACACGUGGGACCGCUUCGAAAUGCGCAUCCACAAGCGCAUCAUCGACUUGCACUCGCCUUCGGAGAUCGUAAAGCAAAUCACUUCCAUCUCGAUCGAACCUGGUGUUGAAGUCGAAGUCACGAUUGCCGACUCCAACUAAAUCGUGUGUCUUAAUCAAUGCUUCACGGAAGGACGACGCAGAUGCCUGUGUGUCCUUGGCACUUUUGCAACGACCA